UUUCCAAUUCGGCUGUAUCGAUACCCACUAAAGCACCCACUUAUUUUUUCAUCAACCACCACUUCAAAAUUCUUAAAAAAUUCUCCGAAUUUGUCUGUAUAAAUACUCACUGAAGUACCCCAUUUCAACCACUCUGCAAACUACCGGAAAUAAGUCAUAAGAAUUGAGGCAGAAUAAGAAUGACAGGGAAGCUUGUUUGUGUGACAGGGGCAUCAGGCUUCGUUGCCUCGUGGAUCGUUAAGCUUCUCCUCAAUAGAGGUUAUGUUGUUCGAGCUACAGUUCGUGAUUUGGGGAAUCCUGACAAGACAAAGCACUUAUCUGAACUAGAAGGAGCCAAUGAAAGGCUUCAUCUGGUGAAAGCAGAUUUACUUGACAUGGGAUCCUUUGAAGCAGCUAUAGAUUCCUGUGAAGGUGUUUUUCACACUGCAUCUCCUUUUUACUUUGAUGUCAAAGAUCCCCAGGCUGAAUUGCUUGAGCCAGCAGUUACAGGUGUGAUAAAUGUUCUCGAAGCAUGUGCCAAAACACCGUCUGUGAAAAGGGUAGUAAUAACAUCCUCUAUAGCGGCAGUGGCAUAUAAUGUGAGGACUCGAGGUCCAGAUGUGGUAGUUGAUGAGACGUGGUUCAGUGAUCCAGAAUAUUUAAGGGAACAACAGAAUUGGUACCAACUAUCAAAGACAUUGGCAGAAGAAACUGCAUGGAAAAUGGCAAAGGAUAAGGGCAUUGAUAUUGUCACAAUAAAUCCAGGAAUGGUGAUUGGCCCUCUCUUGCAGCCUACCCUGAAUACAAGUUGUGCUGCAAUUUUGCAAUUGAUGAAUGGUUCUUCAACAUAUCCAAAUUCAAGUUUUGGAUGGGUGAGUGUUGUGGAUGUUGCCGAAGCACAUAUUCUUGCCUUUGAAGUGCCAUCAGCAAAUGGAAGGUAUCUUCUAGUUGAUAAGACUGUUCACUACUCAGAAAUAGUAAUGAUCUUGGGCAAGUUGUAUCCAGGCUCUUCGCUUCCAACUAAGUGUGUAGAUGAUAAACCAUUUGUUCCGACUUAUAAAGUAUCUAAAGAAAAGGUAGAGAAAUUGGGUCUGGAGUUCACUUCCAUUGAAGAGGUUAUCAAACAAACCAUUGAAAGCUUGAAGGAAAAGAAGAUGCUUAAGUUAGAGAGCAAUUUGUGAUUUUUUAAUGCUUGGAACUUGCUUUAUUUGCAAUAUUGAGUAGUUAAGCACAGUACUCGAAUGAUUGGUUUUCUGAGUGAGAUGCAUCUUUUUUAAAUCUCAAAACAUAUGGUUUGAACUUAA